GGCUUUACAAUUAUUUUUCUCUCACUUAUUUACAUAUUCUUUUACAAAAGUCUUCUGAAUCUAUUAAGCUGGAUUAAACUGGAUUUAUUUCAGUAAAAAUAAAUUUAAUCGAAAUAAAAUAACCAUUUCAUGGUACAACUUUUUUAUUAUGAAAAUCGUGGAAUACCUUGUAGUCAUUUAUUACGUAAUGGUAUGAAAAAAAUUAUAGUUCAAUUGGAAGCAUGUGAAAAUUGGCCGUAUCCAAGUUCUGAAUCAAAAUGGUUAUUAAUAUUUAAUCGAUUUCUAAGAAAUUGGUGUAAAGUCAUUCAAAUGACUAGUGGAGGAACAAAAAGAUAUGAAACUAUUGGACAUGUUACAUUUACUAAAUUAGAAGGUUCAAUGUUUAUCACUGGGAAAUUUAAACAAGAUUCAGCUGGUAAACAACAAAAGAUGCAACAUUUUUGUUUAUUUUUAACUACAAAUAUAACAGAUGCUGAUUUUUAUCGUGGUUAUUUAUUAACUGGAAUGGUGGAAAGAGGUAAUCGAAAAUUGGGCAUUUGGGAAUCAACACAUUAUGCUUAUGUUAAACGUGAAGGUUACUAAAGAUCAAUAUGUCUGAUUGUUCAUAUUCUCACUGUAAAUCUUUUGUUCUUUUUUACCUAAACUCAUUGUACAUGAAUUUAUUUCACAUCAUCUAUUAGUGAAAAUAAUCGAAACUUACUAAAUUUUUAUGUAUUUUACAUAAGACUAGUCUAAAAUCUAUAGAGAGUACAUUAUAGAUUAUACUCUUGAAAGUAUUCUAGUUUGAAUAAUAUUAUUAUAUAAAAGUAUGAAAAA